GCAGGUAUCCGUUACAGCACAGAGGUGUCUGUGGACGAGGUGAAAGCUCUGGCCUCGCUGAUGACCUACAAAUGUGCCGUCGUAGAUGUGCCUUUUGGUGGAGCCAAAGCCGGCGUGAAGAUCAACCCGAAGAACUACUCGGACGACGAGCUGGAGAAGAUAACCCGAAGGUUUACCAUCGAGCUCGCCAAGAAGGGCUUCAUCGGACCCGGCAUCGACGUUCCUGCUCCGGAUAUGAGCACCGGGGAGCGCGAGAUGUCCUGGAUCGCCGACACCUUCGCCACCGUCAUGGGACACACUGAUCUGCUGCUGCAAAAACUCCGCCACAAAAGUCACAGAACAACCGCCGAGGACUUCAGUCAGAUUACAGACGCACCUCCGGGUUUACCCCUGAAGGUGGCGCUCCUCUACGUCACUGCCUCAGGACCACUUUCCUAUUCAGGAGAACGCUGUGUGAUUUGUGACCGUGAGGCAGACGCCUGGUUAAUGCGCCCUCUGCUCCGCCUGCAGGGCUUCGGUAACGUGGGGCUUCACUCCAUGCGCUACCUUCACCGCUUCGGAGCGAGGUGCGUCGGAGUCGGAGAAUUGGACGGAAGCAUCUGGAACCCCGACGGCAUCAACCCCAAAGAGCUGGAGGACUACAAACUGGCCAACGGGACCAUCGUGGGUUUCCCUGACGCGACGCCAUACGAAGGAAGCAUCCUCGAGGCCGACUGCGACAUCCUGGUCCCCGCCGCCAGCGAGAAACAGCUGACCAAAAGCAACGCCCACAAGAUCAAGGCCAAGGUGCCACGGUUACCAGAUCAGCUCAUCACGUUUACGUGCGACGAUAACCCUGCAGUGUCGGUCCAGGAGAGUCUGGAGAGGAAGUUCGGCAAACACGGCGGCGCCGUCCCCGUCGUCCCCACCUCUGAGUUCCAGGCUCGGAUCGCCGGAGCGUCUGAGAAGGACAUCGUUCACUCGGGUCUGGCCUACACCAUGGAGCGCUCUGCCCGGGUAAGCACGCCAAACCUGCAGCACGCAGGAAGUCCUACAACGUCACCGCGACCAAAUAAAUGAUAACGCAGGUGAUGACAGAAUCGUUAUUGUCACAGUCGAUGUGGACCGGAGAUAAAGAUGCGUGUUAAAUAUACACGAUGAUGAUGAGCGACUUCAUCCCAGUUUUGGUUUCACGCGGUGAUCAGACGACCCAAAGGUUAAACUUUCACAUCUGCAAACACCUGGAUUAUAAGCUGACUGUUAUGAAGAGUACGUCAGAGUAAAUGCAGAUGUACGUGUAGUUUUAUUUAUUAUAUUAGCGCCCUCAGAGGCCACACCUCCCCCGAAGGGCGUGACCCCGACCUGAUUUUGUUGGUUCGUUUCUACGGUGACACAAAAGUUAAACAGAAGCUGUAACUUUCGUCGUUUCAACUGUCGAAGCAAAUGAAAUCUUUGGAACGACAGAUUUCUCCCGCGCUUCCUGCUGAACAAAUCUGAACGUGACAAAACGAAGCAGGCGAGCGUUAGCCGCUACACGCUUCCUCCCACCGAGGGGGGAAAGGGAAGCGAGCACAUCGCCAGGAGCUCCUGAUGUAUCAUUUAUGACACGAGACAACACAGUUUAAACGCAGUGUCGGGUUUAUUAUAAAUCCACACCCUGAGAAACACACGGAUGCUUUAUUAACCCUUUAAGACCGACCAUAGAACCAAGUCCA